AUGAUAUUUAUAUUACUUCCCGUGCUAUAUUCCUUGGCAUUCGCGAAAGAUCGUCGCACUUUCGCAAUCUUACGUCACAGUGCUGGGGGCCCCCUUGGUGAAGCUCGAAUUGAUCCCAUCGUAAGCCCUGGCGUGCCCUCGGAACAUGUCCACACGAUAAUGGGUGCAAGUAACUUUGGGCUCAAUGCUACGGGUGAUAGUUUGUUAAGAUCAUCAUGCACAACAGCGCUUAUAAAAGAUGACCUUAGUGCCUAUUGGUUUCCCAAGUUGUAUUUCAAAGACCCAAAAACAGACCUUUUUGAGUCUGUAAACUUGUCUUAUAUGAAUGUGUACUAUUUUUUUGAGCCUACCGAUGACAAAAUUACUGCGUUUCCGGUCAGCUUGCAGAUCGUUAGCGGAGAUGCGUCAAUAAGGCAUGCUCCAAGUAAAACCGGCAAACUCAAUCUUAACCCAUUAGAUGGAAUAGUUCAACCAAGCCAGUGGACAUGUCCCCGCAUUCAUUAUAGUCCGCCAAGCUACCCGGCUAAUUCGAAUGGGUCGACUGCUGGAAUUCAAAAUCCUGACGUGAGGGAAGCUGGAAUCGGUUUUCCCUUUGCGAACUGUGAUCUUUUUGCUUCACCCCUUCGCAUGGAUAUUCAUUUCCCUUCGUGCUACAAUCCAGCUGUUCCAUUAACUGAUUACAAAAAUAAUAUGGCAUUUCCAGUUACAUACCAAAAUGGUAAACAAAACUGUCUUAAAAACUGGAUCCAUGUUCCUCAUCUUUUAUACGAAGUAUACUGGGAUACGACGAAAUUUUCACAUCGGUGGAAGCCUCAUCAGGGUUAUCAACCUUUUAUCCUUUCUAACGGCGAUAAAACCGGUUAUUCAAUUCAUGGUGACUUUUUGGCCGGCUGGGACGAACAAGCGUUGCAACACAUAAUUGACACUUUUAAUGUAACGAGCUCUAAACACUUUGGAAUGGAAACAUGUCCUGGAGUGGCUGUAAAUAAUGAUAAUCACCGGUGUGUUGUAAACUCUCUAAUAGACGAACACGUCACAGGAACACUUGUAAAGCUUCCGGGACACAACUUACCGACAGGCUGGGACUUU